UGUCGAACUCAGCCCGAAAACCAAAACCUUGUUCGUUCAUAAAAAUUAAAAGCCUCUUUUUUCUCUCUGUUCUUCGCCAUUUUUUUCAAUCCUAAACCAAUCCCAGAUUUUCUGCUGAAAAACAAAAACACCCUCUUAGUAAUUUUCCGGGAAAAUGUCGGGGAAAGGAGCAAAAGGAUUGAUUACGGCUGGAAAAUCCACCAAGGACAAAGAUAAGGACAAGAAGAAACCCGUCUCUCGCUCUUCUCGUGCUGGCCUCCAGUUCCCUGUGGGUCGAGUCCACCGGCUGCUGAAGACAAGGGUUAGUGCUAAUGGAAGGGUUGGAGCUACGGCUGCAGUCUACACAGCUGCCAUACUGGAAUACCUGACUGCAGAAGUCCUAGAACUGGCAGGUAAUGCAAGCAAGGAUCUGAAGGUUAAGCGUAUUACACCUAGGCAUUUGCAGCUUGCCAUCCGUGGUGAUGAAGAACUUGACACCUUGAUCAAAGGAACCAUCGCGGGCGGUGGUGUCAUUCCACACAUUCACAAAUCACUUAUCAACAAAUCCUCUAAGGAGUAGUUUAUACGCAUUUCAUCUCUAUUUAUUUUUGUUUGUACCCUUAAACCUCAGAAAAAUGUUCGUGACUUCGCUUGUUUAUGGACAAAGGUAGAUGCUUGCUUUUGAAUAGCUAAUUAUGGAGAUUCGAGAUUUGAACUAGAAA